AGUAGCCCUGGAAGUAGGAGUUAGUAAGCGAGCUUCACGCUCUGAUUCCCAGUACUUGGCGAUUUUCUCACUUUGAAGCUCCAGCGCAGCUCUCCAGGAAGCGGUUCCUCGUUUCGGGCUUUGUAUCAGGGUGUCGUUCUUAUUAGAAUUACUUUCCCGCGCCCAUAGCUCCGCCGGCGAAGCCUCACCAGCGCCAAUGGCGGCGAGAAAACCGUCCCUGUUUCUUCUCACGCUCUUCCUCCCGCUCCUUCUUUUCCCGCUCGCUGCCGUCCGCGCGUUCUCCUUCGACUGCGAGAAUGAGCACCAGCAGUACGUCUCCGUUUUAAGCUUCUGUAACGACGAAGGAUCUCGAUAUACGUGUCUCUUCGGCGGCGGAUACGCUACCGACGGCUCGGGGGAGUGCACGCUCGUUCAGCCCGGCGCGCUUUACUGCGAGGAUUGCCAGGGGAACCUACACCCGCUUCCGCGAUGCUGCGAAAUAGACCUCUCGGGUUACACGCUAAGCACUGGCGAGCAGUCCAACACGGAUGUUACCGAGUUCGGAAUUGAACAGCUGAACUGCCCUGCAAAUACCGGGUGUAGCGAUUCUGGUUACCUCCAGUGCAACGAAGGUGAGUUUGAUGGGGUUACCCCGUAUUACCGGAACCCUAACGCCUUUUGGCAGUUCUACUGCGCGGACUCCAGUAGCGGAGUGCAGCUGCGCGAAUUGGAGCGCCCGCAGGGCUUUCCCCCGGCGGGGGAAGAAUCCGCCGCUGAGGCGGAAGACAUUUCCGCGGAGAACCCCUCUGAUGCCCCCGACGGUGCGCAGGCGGGCGGAGUGACCAAGAUGCGUCGCCGCUUGUGGGGGAGCGGGCGCCCCUGGUCUCCCCCCAAAAUGUACAGCCGCCGCCUGUGGGGGAGCGGGCGCCCCUGGUCUCCCCCCAAGAUGUACCGCCGCCGCUUGUGGGGGAGCGGGCGCCCCUGGUCUCCCCCCAAGAUGUACCGCCGCCGCUUGUGGGGGAGCGGCCGCCCCUGGUCUCCCCCCAAGAUGUACCGCCGCCGCUUGUGGGGGAGCGGCCGCCCCUGGUCUCCCCCCAAGAUGUACCGCCGCCGCUUGUGGGGGAGCGGGCGUCCCUGGUCUCCCCCCAAGAUGUACAGCCGCCGCCUGUAUGGAAGCGGGAGGCAGUGGUACCCGUAGUCGACGAGCAGUGGUGAAGUGCGGCAGGAAACUAAACAAGCUAGAAGCGAAGCAACGACGUUAAGGAAUGGGUGACGUGAGAAGCAGUCAGAGAUGAUCGUGCGGUGCAAAAUAAGGGGGAUGGGUGGGUAGCGAGGUUUCGGGUUUCGUGCCGCAGGGCGGAUUGGGGUGUGGUUCGUGAUGGUGCGAGCUGGUUUGGGUGAUGUGAGGAGAUAUUUGAACAUUUUGGGAAUGUUGUGUGUUUGGUGUAGAUUGUAUGUGCUACAAGAGAUGCUUGUAGUCACUUUCCCUCAUUCGGCUAA